AUGGUUCGUUAUCUUGAUAAGAAGGCUAUGGGUGAUAAUGUUAUUUUGAAACUUGAUAUGGCAAAGGCAUAUGAUAGGGUGCAGUGGGAGUUUCUUUUGCAUGUGUUGGUAGCUUUUGGUUUCUCUCCUUCUGUUAGUGCAUUGAUCAGGAAUUGUAUUGCUUCGCCUUGGUAUUCGAUCAUGAUGAAUGGCACGUCUCAGGGUUUUCUUCAAGGAGAUCCCAAAAAGGGCUCGCAGUUUUGGAAGAUGGUGGUGAAGUGUAUUCCGGCGGUGUUAGAAAAUUCAAAAUGGAGAGUCCAGGAUGGGAAUAUUUCGAUUUGGUGGGAUCAUUGGUUGAAUGAAGGACCUCAUGCUAAUUCUUUUACUGCGGUGGAUAUGCCAAAGUUGGUGUUAGCUGACUUAAAAAUUGAAAAUGAUGUACGGCAAGGAUGGAAGGUAAAUGCAUCUCGACGGAAGAGCUUUGGAGGUCUAUUUGCUAAAUUGGUUAGUUGGGUGAGGACUAGGCAUGGAAGAGUUAAAUUGAAUGUUGAUGGGUGUAGCCUCGGCAAUCCGAGGAGUUUAGGCACAGGGGGAAUUAUUCGGGAUUUGCGUGGUGAUAUGGUGCUUUCUUUUUCGUGCUAUCUUGGGGAGGGUUCUAAUAAUCUUGUUGAGUUGAAGGCCUUGUUAAUAGGGCUGAAAUAUUAUCGUGCUUUGGGAUUGCAUCAUGUGGAUAUUGAGUCUGAUUCCUUGGUUUGUGUUUCUUGGAUUCAGAAGAAGCAUUGUGGUGUGUAG